UCUGGAUGUCACUCUCCACAAACAAAUUAAACAUCCACAAUGAUACUUCGGAGCUCCAUGCGGUUGAGGUGCAGUUCACCAGUACUCAACCCUGCGGUCCGGUCGCGAUUAUCCCUUGCUGCAGCGGGGAGUCGUACACUGAUUCGGCCACGUACAGCGACUCCACGCCUCGCCCCGAGCCGCAACCAAAGUACACGAUCACGUGUCUUGGAAACCUCCCCCAACAUCUCGACUUUAUCGCGAAAUGGCCGUCCAGCCCCCACAGUUCUACACUCUGCCUUCCCCACCAAGACCGCCAUCUUCCUCCUUCUUAUCGGUGGCCUCGCAUACUACUUCGUAGACAUCCGCGAGCGGGAUUGGAUGGACGAUGCGCUCGACUGCUACUCACAGGAUCAAUUGGAACCUUCGCCUCUGGUUUUCAUCCAUAACAAGGAUGAGUUGGACCAUUGGAUGCAGUUCCAUAUUCCGGAUGAGAGCUCGCCUUUGAAGCACCCUGAUGUGGCGCAGUAUCUCAGUGAGCAGUUUGAUAAGUUGGCGGGUGGGUGGAUGAUGAAUGAGGAGGAGGCGAGGAGGGAUGGCAUGCCGGUUACGCAUGGGUGUCGGUUUCGGAGUAAUGAACCUUGUGAAGACUACCAUGCUCUGGGCACCGCCCCUGGCCCGGGUCAAAAACCAUGGAACUACUGGUCUGUCUACGACGGCCACGCCGGCCGCCUCACAGCUUUCUUUCUUCAAACAGCACUCAUCCCCCACCUCUCCUCCGCCCUGAUCUCCCUCCCAUCCUCUUCCCCUUCUUUCCAAAUAGAAAACGCUAUCAAGGAAACCUUCCUGAAAGUCGACAAGCACAUCAUGACCACCGCACGCACAGCCGCAAACUGGUUUCCCGCCGCCAACGCAGCAGCAAUAGCCGCUCUAUCCCCUGCAUUCUCCGGCUCCUGUGCACUGCUCGCCGCGUUUGACCCAGAAAAAGACGUUCUACGCGUAGCAUGCACAGGAGACUCCCGCGCCGUGCUAGGCCGCUGGGACGAAGCAACGCAAGCCUACACCGCAAUCCCCCUCUCCAUCGACCAAACCGGCUUCAACGAAGCAGAAGUCAGCCGCCUCGCCGCCCUCCACCCCGACGAACCAGACAUCAUCGACCCCAAAUCCGGCCGUCUAAUGGGCAUAGCAGUGACGCGAGCCUUCGGCGACCACCGCUGGAAAUGGGACAACGAAUUCAUCAAAACGCUGCAAUACAAGUUCUGGGGCUCGGCGCCGCGCCCGGGCUCAAAAACACCCCCGUACAUGACCGCCGAGCCAGAAGUCACUGAGACGACCGUCGUGCGCGCCCCGCACGGCAAACGCGGUAGCGACUUCAUGAUCAUGGCGUCUGACGGCCUGUGGGACCGCAUCUCGUCCGACCACGCCGUCGAAUGUGUAUCGCGCUUCCUCGCCGCUAAACACCGCGGCGCUGGAUCCGUCAAGGCCGACCCCGUGCUGCUCGCCCGCCCCCCGAUCUACAACACCACGUCCCUCGACCCCGGCGUGACUGUUGAUGUCGAGGCGGGCAAGGAGGUCGACUGGCAGGCUGAGCCGCAGUACUUUGCUAUCGAGGAUGAGAAUGCGGCGGUUUGUUUGGCGCGCAAUGCUAUGGGUGGGACGAGGCGCGGCUUGUUCCUCGGGAUUUUGAGCGUGCCGCCGCCGAUGAGUAGGAAUGUUGUGGAUGAUACGACGGUUAUGGUGGUGUUUUUCGAUCGCGUUGGUGAGGCGGGGCAGAAGACUGGUGAGAAUAGGGGGGAGAAGCGGAGUGAGAAGAGGUGGUGGAUGCCUUGGUGAGGAGUCGUCUUGAUGCGGAAAAGUAUUUCCCUCCCUUUUGGGCGGUGUUGGAGUGGCUAUAUCAUCGAGUUUCGCGGCUUGUUUUGCAAAUUUCGCACUAGUGAGUGAAUGCAUGAAUGCAUGAAUGCAUCAAUCAAGAAUUCGUGUAAUAGGG